CCGCCUCCCGGCCGCCGUCUCUAACCCUUCGGGUCACGCACGCGCGCUCUCCGAUCAGGCGGGACGGCGAUCACGUGACCGGCGCGGCGGCGCUGAGCCUCAGCCUCAGCAUGUGCCUAAGGAGGCUCUUCCAGUCCUUACAUCUCCAGGGGGCUUGGAGGGCAGCUUUCCUGAAGCACAGCCAGCGCAGACCCCGGGGAGUCCGUCGAUGGACGCAUUCUGGAGGUGGCAUCUACAAGGCAGUGAUUUUUGACAUGGGUGGAGUUCUCAUUCCUUCUCCAGGGAGAGUGGCUGCAGAGUGGGAGGUCAUGAACCAUAUCCCUUCCGGAACAAUACUGAAGGCCUUCAUCGCAGGUGGGGAAAAUGGACCCUGGAUGAAAUUUAUGAGAGGAGAGAUAACACUAGAGGAUUUCUCACAAGAAUUUGGGAGACUGUGCUCUGAAAUGUCACAGACCUCUGUGCCCGUGGACUCGUUUUUCUCUCUGCUGACCAGCGAACAAGUGGCCAGGCAAUUCCCAGUGAUGACUGAAGCCAUAUCCCAGAUUCAGGCAAAAGGCCUUCAGACGGCAGUCUUGAGCAAUAAUUUUUAUCUUACCAAUGGGAAAAGCUUUUUGCCCCUGGACCGGAAACAGUUUGAUGUGAUUGUGGAGUCAUGCCGGGAGGGGAUCUGUAAGCCUGACCCCAGGAUCUACAAGUUGUGCUUGGAGCGGCUCGGCGUGCAGCCCUCCGAGUCCAUCUUUCUUGACGAUCUUGGACGGAAUCUAAAAGUGGCAGCCAGCCUCGGUAUUCACACGGUGAAGGUUAAUGACCCAGAAACCGCAGUCAAGGAAUUAGAAACUCUUUUGGGUUUUACGUUGAGAAUGGUUGUUCCAAACACUUGCCCUGUGAGAAAGACAAUGGAAAUUCCAAAAGAUUCCUUGGAGAAGUACCUCAAAGGUUUACUGGAGACCCAAACCACAGGUCCAUUGGAACUCCUCCAGUUCAGUCACGGGCAGUCAAACCCGACUUACUACAUCAGGAUCGCCAACCACCGGCUGGUUCUGAGGAAGAAACCCCCAGGGAAACUCCUUCCUUCGGCCCACGCGAUAGAGAGGGAGUUCAGGAUCAUGAAAGCCCUUGCCAAGGCCGGAGUGCCUGUCCCCAAAGUCCUUGACCUCUGUGAAGACUCAAGUGUCAUCGGCACCCCCUUCUAUUUGAUGGAGUACUGCCCAGGCCUCAUCUACAAAGACCCCUCUCUACCAGGCUUGGACCCCAGCCAGAGGCGGGCCAUAUAUACUGCCAUGAACAGAGUCUUGGGCCAAAUUCACAGUGUGGACCUCAGGACUGCGGGCCUCGAAGACUACGGGAAACAAGGGGACUAUAUUCCGCGCCAGGUGCGCACCUGGAUUAAGCAGUACCGCGCCUCGGAGACCAGCACCAUUCCGGCAAUGGAGAGGCUCAUCGAGUGGCUGCCGCUCCAUCUUCCCAAGGAGCAGAGGACCACGGUGGUGCACGGGGACUUCAGGCUUGACAACCUGAUCUUCCAUCCAGAGAAGACUGAGGUGCUUGCUGUCCUGGACUGGGAGCUGUCUACCUUAGGCGAUCCCCUGGCGGAUGUAGCCUACAGCUGCCUGGCUUACUACCUGCCAUCAGAUUUCCCAGUGCUUCGAGGUUUGAGUGACUGUGACUUGACUCAGCUGGGAAUCCCUACAGCAGAAGAGUACUUCAGGAUGUAUUGUCUUCACAUGGGGAUCCCUCCCAUUGAGAACUGGAGCUUCUACGUGGCUUUCUCCUUUUUCCGCAUAGCCGCCAUCCUGCAGGGAAUCUACAAGCGCUCACUCACAGGGCAAGCAAGCUCAGCAACUGCUGAACAAACUGGGAAGCUGACGGAAUUUAUGUCUAACCUGGCGUGGGAUUUUGCUGUCAAAGAAGGAUUCCGGGUUUUCAAAAAGAUGCCAGCCACAAAGCCAUUGCUGAGGUCCUUUCACACCCGGGCCAGCCCACAGACCCUGCUGAGCAUCACAGGCAUGAGGAGCUAUAGCUCCUUUCCAGAACCUUCCCCAACUUGUGCCUCAAAGGGAGCUCUGGUCAUCUCUCCCGAGGGCCUCUCCCAGCCAGUCAGAGAGCUGUACCACCGGCUGAAGCAGUUCAUAGAGCAGCAUGUGUACCCUGUGGAGCAAGAGCUGCGGAGCCACCAGGCCUCGGCAGACCGAUGGACCCCCUCCCCACUGAUAGAGGACCUCAAGGAAAAAGCCAAGGCCGAAGGACUCUGGAACCUUUUCCUACCCUUGGAGACUGAUCCCGAGAAAAAGUAUGGGGCAGGCCUGACCAACGUCGAGUAUGCACACUUGUGUGAACUCAUGGGCUCUUCUCUGUACGCUCCGGAGAUCUUUAACUGCUCUGCUCCAGACACAGGGAACAUGGAGCUUCUCGUGCGAUAUGGCACUAAGGAGCAGAAGGCCCGCUGGCUGGUGCCUCUGCUGGAGGGCAGGGCCCGCUCCUGCUUUGCCAUGACGGAGCCCCAGGUUGCCUCGUCAGAUGCCACCAACAUCGAGUCUUCCAUCAGAGAGGAGAAUGGCUGCUACGUCAUAAACGGUCGCAAGUGGUGGAUCUCAGGCAUCCUGGAUCCUCGCUGCCAACUCUGCGUGUUUAUGGGGAAAACAGACCCGCAGGCCCCGCGCCACCAGCAGCAGUCAGUGCUCCUGGUCCCCAUGGAUACCCCGGGGAUCAAAGUCAUCCGGUCCCUGACGGUAUUCGGGCUGGAGGAUGCGCCAGGUGGCCACGGUGAAGUCCUGUUUGAGGACGUGCGCGUACCCAAGGAGCACAUAGUCCUGGGCCCCGGCCGUGGCUUUGAGAUCGCCCAGGGCAGACUGGGUCCUGGCAGGAUCCACCACUGCAUGAGGCUGAUUGGGUUGUCGGAGAGGGCCCUGGCGCUCAUGAAGGCCCGCGUGAAGUCCCGAGUGGCCUUCGGGAAACCCCUGGUGGAGCAGGGCACGCUCCUGGCAGACAUUGCUCAGUCACGAGUGGAGAUCGAGCAGACCCGGCUGCUGGUGCUCAAAGCUGCCCACCUCAUGGACAUGGCUGGUAAUAAGGCUGCAGCAUUGGACAUUGCCAUGAUUAAAAUGGUAGCCCCGUCCAUGGCCUGCCGAGUGACUGAGCGUGCAAUUCAGGCCUUUGGAGCAGCGGGGCUGAGCAGCGACUAUCCUCUGGCUCAUUUCUUCACCUUGGCCCGAGCACUGCGCUUUGCUGACGGCCCUGACGAGGUGCACCGGGCGGCAGUGGCCAAGAUGGAGUUGAAGCCCCAUGCUUAGGCCUUCGGGAUCCCCGCUGGGUCAGCCCCGCCCACAGCUUAGAUAACCUGUGUGAUUCCGGCUCCUGCCCAGCAGCUCAUUUCUCAGUCACUGUGCACUCACCCUCUUGGGUCCCCACAAAAGACACUGCUGUGAAAGUCCUGAGUUUGCUAUUUCAGGCCCAGAGGAAGAUUAGCCGGGAGCUGGUGGGGUUGGUACAGAGCAUGGGAGGGAAGCUGGUCUUCAGGCUUGGUGCCGGGUGCUCUGGCCGUGGUGUGUGAGGCUGUGGGAACCAGGGCAGAUACUGGGGGCUCUGCUGAGGCCGUGUGCUCAUGUUUGCUCUAGAAACGGCAGCCUCCUGCCCAGAGGUCCUCCCAAAAGACCCAGGGCCGGAGCGCUGCUGGGAAAUGGGAUGAAACCCAAAUCAUCAUGGUCUUCGUUUGAAUGCCCCCCCCACAGAACACUAGUUAACAUGUGAUUUUGGAAAGGGGCUUUGGGGACACAAAAGAAUAAAAAGAAAUGAAACUUUGUAAACUUUGUCACACAAAAGGAAUUGAGAAUAAAGCCUUGCUUUUCAGCCCCUCUGUCUUAGCAUGUGCAUUGCCUCCUUGCCCCCUUGUGCUUCUAGUCAGUGGGGUCCUCCCAGGGCACCACCCUCACGGGGAGGGCACAGAUACCACCUCGCCCCUGCUUAGUUCAGUACGCUUGUGCUCACGGCAAACAUCCUUAAGGGAGCUGUGGCUUUCUGGCAUGCCUGGGCCCCUGCACCUUCCCAACGCCUCUGUCCGCUCUGGGUUCAGAGGGUAUUCUGAGGGGAGAGGAGAUGGCAGACAGUAUGCCACUGACAUUUAGAGAGUGGUAUUCUCCCCUCUGAGGAAAGCAGAAGUGCUCACUGAACGAGGUCUGAGUUCUCUCCAGUGACCAGCUUCUGAGAAGUGGGUGCCUGCAGGCCCAGCAGCAUGAAGAAAAGCUGUGGACCGUUAGGACUCAGCCCACUAACCUCAUUGUUUGUGGUGUGUGGCCAGCCCUUCCCGUUUUAGUCAGGUGGAUGGGUAGAGACGUCCCCCUUGUCUCCUCCACCAUGGACUUGACCUCCUCAUGGUAGCCCCUUUACCUGGGGGAAUGCCUACCUGCUGU